CUUUAAGAAAAUUCAUUGAAAAAAAUGAUUAAACAAUGCACAUCAUGCAAUAUAAAUACUUGGGAAUCUUUGAUAACCAACUAUAAAAUCACCCAGUAAAUCAAUCAGAUUUCAGUACAGAUAUAACUUCUAAACUACUAAUUGAAAUCAUGAAAGCUUUUGUUGCUUUCCUAGUCCUUGCUAUCGCAGCUUUGCAAUGCGAAGCUAAGGUUUACAACAAAUGCGAGUUUGCGAAGACUCUUCUUCAAGCUGGAUUUCCAAAAGAUCAAAUUGGUACUUGGUCUUGCAUUGCUGAACACGAAUCUCAUUACAAUACAAAAGCUAUUAACCAUUCCUCUGGCGAUUAUGGUAUUCUUCAAAUCAGCAAAUUAUACUGGUGCAAUGAAGGUAACACCCCCGGAAAAGGAUGUGGAAUAACCUGCAACAGUCUUCUUGGAGACGAUAUCUUUGGAGAUUUGACAUGCGUCAAGAAAGUUUUCGAAGAAACCAAAAAAUUUAAAGCCAAUGGUUUCGAAGCUUGGACCACCUAUGGCUCUUGCAGAGGAGAUCAAAGUCGUUAUGUAGCUGGUUGUUUUUAAUUUAAUAUUUAAUUUAUUUGGAUGUACCUCCCUAUUGUGUUUUUCUGUUAUUGAUCUUUAAUAAUAAAUUAAAUUACUAAUUUUUUCUGUAUUAAACCCUUAAUUUUUUCAUUGAAAUAAUAUAUACGG